AAUGUCCGAUAAUUAGCAAUCGUCUGAAAUUCCAGAAUAAAAGCUCUAAGAAUCCAUUGUUCAAUAAGACUAACCUUAAGAAUCAAAGGUUCUUAACACUUGGGCUAGAUCAUCUAAAGAUCUCAUUGAUAAAUAUAAAAAUAAGUUUGAUGCUUUUAAAGCCAUGGCAGUUCAAGCAGGAUACAAUGAUCCAACUCAAUAAUCAAUCAAAAUUGAAAAUAAUAUAAUAGAAGUUAAUAAAGAUCAAAAAAUCAUUUCAUAAGAAAAUGUAGUUGGACUAAAUUAAAUAGAUAUUAAACCUUUGGAAAUUCCAUCAAUUAUCUUAUAAAAAUCAGAUACACAAGAAAUUUAGGAUUAAUAGAUUGUUUAAUAAGAUGUAUAAUAGAUUGUUUUAGAAUAAUCAAAACAAUCCGUUUAAUAGAUUGUCUUAGAAUAACCAAAACAAUCAGUUUAAUAAAUUGUCUUAGAAUAACCAAAACAAUCCGUUUAAUAUAUUGAAAAUUCUUAUAAAUAAGAACCAAUUAAUUAGUCUGUUGAUUCUGUUAAAUAUGAUCUAAAACUUACUGAUUAAACUUAUAGUGAUCUAUUUACAUAAAAAUAAGAAACUUAAUAAUCUUAAAAGAAGUUAGAAAACUUUUUGAAUAUAGAAUUUGGUUCAAGAAAUUUAGAUGCUGUAACUGUAGAAUAGAAAGCAGUUGUGAAUUCAGAUAUACCUGUUGUCACUAAUACUUAUAUUGAAUUGUUAGAUUAAUUUAAGAGUGCUACUACAUUAGAAGAUCUAACUGAUUUAUUCAAUCGAAGAACUCCUUUCAAAGAAAGAAAUAAUCAAUAAGAACUUUAAUUAAAUAAUAAUAAUAAUAAUAUUAAUGGUGAUGAAAAUUAAUGUUUAAAAUAAAAAGGUAAAACUAUUGAUAAUUUGUUAUAACAAUUUAAAACUCCCAAUAAAUUAAAUUAAGAAGUUUUAUUAGAGAAUGGCAGUGGGAAGAAUGGAGGAACUUAUCUCAAUUCUCAAGUUCCAUAAGUUAACAUUAAAUUGUCUAAUGGCAAAUCACCAAAUGCAAGAUUUGGAUUUAUAUAAGCAAGUCCUUCUUCAUAAUUUAUUGGAUCAUCAGGUCAGAAAACUAAAAAAGAGAAUACUUAUUUAAAUGUUAAAGUAUAACAGAAUAUGAAUUUCACAAUUGAAGUUAAAGAUAAUAUAAAACCUCAUAAAAGAAAAGAUGAAUUAUCAAAUUUUAUGGGUAAAUUAGGAUUAGGUAAAUAUGAAGCACCUAAAGUAACAAUUAAUUUGGAUUAAUAAAAUGGAUAAAGUAAUUAUUUAUUAAUAUUUAUAUUAGAUGCUUUUGAUAGAUUGAAACAUUAUGUUAAUAAUAUUGGUAAUACAAGUGCAAAAAGAACACCAAGUUCAGGUUUAGAUGAAUUAGUGAAUGAUAAAUCAUUUAAUACUUGCACUUUCAAAUAAUAAAUGAAAGCAUAUAAAAAAGAUAAAGGAGAUAGAGGAGAAUCUUCUUAAAGAACAGGAAUCUCAGUAGAAAAUCCAAUGUUGCAGGAUUAAUCAUUUAAAAAUCUACAUCUUAAAUUACUACAUCAUUAAAGAGCAAAUUCUUAAGUUGGAAAAUCUGUUAGAAUUUGA